AUGACGAUGGUGCGACUACUGCUACUUUUUUGUGCAAUAUAUCAUUGUGUAAAUGGUCAAGGUCCUGGCGGUCUACUCGAACGGAUUCUAGGUGGUUUUUCUGGCGAAACGGGAUGGGGCAAUCAAAGGUUCGGGAACAAUCAGUGGGACCAGCAGAGGCAUGUAUCACGAAGACCCGAGUUUGGUUUUGAUAUUCCUGAGCCUCCUCCACAGUUUGGUCGUCCACCACCUCCACCCCCACCCGGACCUCCACCUCCACCCGGACCUCCACCUCCACCUGGACCACCACCUCCACCUGGAUUUCCACCUCCACCUGGACCUCCACCACCAGGUCCUCCACCACCACCGGGUCCUCCACGUCCAAGAGAUCGGUUCGGGUUGGAAAGGAUAAUAGGGGAGGUCAGUAACAUCGCAGCCGACAUAGCAGCUAACAAUGGAGCAGGAGAGGAUGUAAUUCAGAGCUUCCGAACCAUUCCAGAAGUUAAGAAUUACCUAGCACAAAUGCGCUUUGAACAUUUGCUUGCUAGGAUCUUCAUCAAGGACCCACUGGCAGGCGUCAAUCCUGAACUCGCCAAUAUAGCCCGAGCAUUUGUUCAUCAGCUUGGAGUCAUUCAACCGGAGAUUAGCAACAAAAUACGAGAUAUUUGUCGUUCAUUCAAGUGCAUGGAACAGGAACAAGAUCAACUCUCUCUGAAGGAUACAGUGGUCAAAAAGGUUCGGAACUAG